CCACGGCACUGUAUAAAUAUAACCAGCAGCGUUGAAAAAGCUUAUUAGGAGUUGGCAGUUCAUUUUCUCUGAACUUCCUCGCAACACUCGGAUAUAUUAGCUACUCUCCUCAGCGUGUCUUCGCUGCUCUGACUGCUGGAGGUUCUCCAGCACUCUCCAAACAGGUCUGAUCCUUAACAAAGGUGAGGGGGCUGGAGCUCGUUGUGUUCCAGCACAGCAGAGGUGAACGGAGAGAGGUCUGUGUUCCUGGCACACAAUUCCUUCAGCACGCUGUCACGUCUCUUCAACUCUCCCCCUCUCUGAUGUUACCUGACAGAUAUGAUGCUAAAACCAGGAGCUUGUUAGCAAAAAAAUGGAAGCAGGGGAGGAAACAGCUCGCCUGGCUCUGUCCAAAGUAUGUAUAGGGCGGAGUGCAGUUGCAGUGAAAUGAUGAGGGCCGACAGUGAAGUCCGCAGGCACUGGAGUUGAAAUUUAGCUGGUCAUGUGACUAUUACUCCCCCUCCCCAUGACCCUGGAGAGAGAGGGGAGGAAAAAAAACACCCCAUACCAACACAGGAGGCGGGAUUGUACUCGCUUAAAGAUGCAGUGGACCCCCGAGCAUAGCCAGUGGGCCGAACAGCAUUUCGACAUCUCCUCCACCACGCGCUCGCCAGCCCACAAGGCUGAGGCCUACAGGGCUGUACCUGGCCACCUGCAGCGCUCAGCCACCUACCAGUAUGCCUGGGCCAAUGAUGACAUCUCAGCCCUCACCGCUUCCAAUCUGCUCAAGAAGUAUGCAGAGAAGUAUUCCGGCAUACUGGAGAUGCCGGGCUCCUAUUCUGAGGCCCCUGGGGUCCCAGGAGUGAUGAACGGACGGAAAGGUGAAUCCGAGCCAUGGCAGGAUGGCGUCUAUCCCAUGAGCUGCAUCCCCGAGGGGGUUUCUGUCAGAAAGGGAGGGGUGGCGGCAGCUUCAGAGGUGGUGUCUGGGAUGUGCAGCUCCCCAGGCCUGGCCUCCAGCACCCUGAGUGAGCCCAGCUACUCCAGCAGCAGCUGUGGGAGCCACACUGCCACCGCCCUCCACUCCUCCUCCAUGGCCUCUCAGGAAUAUGGCCCUGCAUACAGCAGCUCCUACCUGCACAGUAGUUACAGCUCCCAGUCUGCCCCCGCCCCAGCACUUCCCUCCCCACUGCACAGCUCUGGGCUCCUGCAGCCGCCCCCUCCACCGCCCUCCCACCCCACUUUAGUCCCCGCUUACAACGGAGGCUCCCCCAACUUGUCUAGUUAUAAUUACCCCCCAGCAGGCUACCCAGCUCAAAGCUCAGUCGGGCCAGGAUACAGCCCUGGGGGAGCACCCCCUCCUUCCUCAUACCUACCCUCCGGCAUCGCUGCACCUACACCCCUUCCCCCCUCUUCUGCUUUACCUGGAUACCCAUACCAGAGCCACAACCUGACCCCGAUCGCCCCCACCCCGCUCAACAGUAGCUCCUCCAACUCACUGAAGAGGAAAGCCUUCUACAUGACGGGCCAAGGAGAGAUAGACUCCUCUUAUGGUAACUUUGGCUAUGGCCAGGCUCGGAACUCGGCCGAGAGCCCCAUGUACAGGAUAGCAGACAGCAGCAGUGCAAACGGAGGCUCCAACAGCACCAGUGGUGGUGGAUUUGACAGGAGUGCUGAAAAGUCAUCUUUACCUUUUAAUCCUCAGAAGCAGUCCACGAUGUCCUCAGAGCAGCAGCAGAGGAAGUACAGCAGCCAAGCAACAGGCGGGCCACUGACUCCACCUGCCUAUGUCUCCUCCACCCUUGGGGGUUCCCGCUCUGCAGAUUCCCUUGUCAGCUUCACCUCCCCUUCCCUUAGUGAGCAAGGUGCUGAUGAUCACCGUCUCCACCUCUCCCACUCAGCGCCAGGGCCUACCUCCUCAUCCACUUCCAACUCCCGGCCUGCUGAAGAGCAGCUAAAAACCAGUGACCCUCACCUCCUAGACAUGGUUACCUCUGAAAUCGUUCAGCAGGGGCCCCCAGUGGAUUGGAGUGACAUUGCAGGACUAGAGCUGGCCAAGGCAACCCUGAAGGAGGAGGUCCUGUGGCCCAUUCUGCGCCCGGACAUGUUCAGCAGUUUAGGACCAGCCCCCCGUUGCGUCUUGCUAUUUGGCCCCAGGGGCAGUGGCAGGACGUUGCUGGGUCGCUGCCUGGCCAGCCAGCUGGGGGCACCGUUCCUCCAGCUCAGUGGUUCCACGUUGGCCACCAAGUGGCUGGCAGAAGGAGAAAAAAUCAUCCGAGCGUCGUUCCUGGUGGCGCGCUGCCGGCAGCCCUCAGUACUGUUCAUUAGUGAAGUGGACAUGCUGCUGUCAGCCCACCUCAGCGAAGAGAGUCCUAUCAACCGGCUGAAGGGGGAGCUACUUGCCCAGUUGGACUCACUUCUCAUGGGUUCAGGCGACGACGGAGGCAACCAAGUGUUGGUGGUUUGCUCCACAAGCAGACCCCAGGACAUGGACGAAGGACUGCGAAGGUACUUUGCUCGGAGGGUCCUUGUGCCCCUGCCUGACAGCACAGCCCGACACCAGAUCGUGAACCAGCUCCUUGCUCAAUCUCAGCACAAAUACUGCUUGAGCGAGGAGGAGCUGGUGCUGCUGGUCCAGCGCACUGAGGGUUUCUCCGGACUGGACCUGGCCAGACUCUGCCAGGAGGCCCUUGUUGGUCUGUUACACGUCUCUGCACAGGGCAUGGACAUGACAGGUAUGAUGCCCAGGGGACAGGUCAGGCCCCUCACCUACCAGGACUUUGAGAGUGUCUUUUGUAAAUUCCAAGCCAGUAUAUCGCAGAAAGAGAUUGACACGUACACUGAGUGGAACAAAAUGUUCGGCUGUAGCCAGUGAAAAGAUAGAUUCCGCCCUUGAGAAAAAGAGGCAUCCACAAUUCCUCCCCUCAGGGCAGAAGCAUUGUGCUGGAGGGAAAGGCACACAGAAGGCCAUCACAAGCCCACUGAGUUCUCACAAGCAGGGUUUAGACGCACCGAGAGACCUGUUUUGAUGAGACAACUGGCAGUUUUGCAGUUAAUGAGCAAGAGUUUUAAUUUGAAUGCUUGACACUCCAGAAAGCCAGGCAUUGUUUACACGUUGCAAGCAAAGUUGGCUUCGGAAGAGACUCCCCAAUGUCUGUAUAUAUAUAUCGUUAUGUUCUUGUUCUUGAAGUUUAGUUGGCUAUCCAAGUGCCUGAAGUGGUGCUUUCUGAUUUUCCUUCUUUGUUUAUUUGCCUCACAAUCUACAUUCAUGGCAUGAGCUGAUGAUUAUUAAGAGCUUUAAAACUUCAGCGGUGAGUCUGAAAAACAGAGAUUGACAGUUGCCAUUGGCGGUGGUCAAUCAUUCUUUAUUGUCUUGCUAAGAGCGGUAAUCCAUCAGGGCGGCAGUAGUCUGGGCCCUGAGUCACACUCAUCUCUUCUGAUCCUGUGUCUGCAAAACAAACAAACGUAACAAACAAAACUCAGGAAAGCGUUUGUGAAUUGUACAGUACCUCAAGAUAUUUUGAAGAAAAGCACUAAGAUCUGAGAGGAGAAUCCGAGGUGUAUUGGCAGUUUAUGUUUAGCAAAGCAGUGUUAGGUGUACCUCAACUGGCUAGAAUAAAUAGCAAAGAGGUGACAAUGAAUGUACUAGAUAUGUUCUGGAAUGAUCGAACAUAAUCAAUAGUGAGAGUAAAGACAUUAUUACUUUCAAUUUGUUUUUCCUCACAGCAGGUGCUUUAGUGACCUGUUUUUACUUGACCAAUUCUGAAGUUUAUUUCCAUAGCCCUUAAAAAAUGUAAAACCGUGUUGCCCAGAUUUGUUGUUUUGGGGUUCUAAGAGAAGGGCGUUGGUGUUGGGGUGGUGGGAAUUGUAUAUUUAUUAAAACAACCAUAAUCAACAUUGUUUAUAUUGUGCGAUCUAGGCUAUGUGGUUAGGCUGCAUGGAGGCGCCAUCAGUUUGUCAGCUAACUUCUGCGCAACAUACCGGCUCAUUUGUCAUACUGUUUAAUAAGGGAAGGCGUAUUCUCUGAUGUGGAUGAAGCUGACACUACACCACCACCAAAAACACUUUAAGACAUUGUUUGACAUUUUGAAAACACAGUUAUUUGCUUUCUUACUGAGAGUUGUAUGAACGAUCAAGCUAGUCCGAGUAGCAGGUUAGCUUACCUUGUCAUAGAAACUGAAAACGGGGAAACAGCUUGCCUGUCUGUGUCAGAAGGUAAUAAAAUCUGUUCUUAAAUUUUGCUUGCUUAAUCUGUGUGAAAACUUAAGUGUGAAAAAACAAUCUGUGGUUUUACAGGGGGUUAUGAGCCACUAAGCUAACGGGCUUCAGGCUGAAGCAGAUUUGAGAGUGGUAUCGACCUUCUCUAACUCCCUGCAUUUCCCACAAUGUCAAGCUAUUCUUUUAAAUCACAACGAUAUCAAAGACCAUUUACUGUAGUUCUUUGUGUGGCUCUUGAAUUAAAUGUUUGACUUAAUGUCAUUUUGUCUAGCUUACUCCAGUUGGUUUCAUCCAGAAAUGCUGUAUUGGAUAUCAAGAAGCAGCUCAUCUGUUUUUAUAACAGUAAAUAGAAUCAAGGGAGCUAAAUCCAGAUAUCCUCCUAGUCCCUAAAUUGGAUUUGAAGUAUCACAACUUGGAUAUGGAAAAAUGGGUUUUGCAAAGUUACCUUGUCACACACACUAUUUGAACUGGAUUAGCUGUAGAAUGGGAUACCGCUCCUGUUAUUUGGACAAGGUCAUUCGUCCAGUAUGUCUAUAAUUUUCAUAAGUGUGGAAAGUAGAAAAACAUUACAUUACAUUAAAUUUUGCCAGAGGUCAGAGGUAAUUUGAUAAUUCUGCAAUUCUGAUUGUGAUUGUAGUGGUCAUGUCCAACCAGCGGGCAUAUACAUAGUUAGCAAAACUAUAAGGGACACUCUUUUAAUCUAGUUACAAUCAGAGAAGUGAUUUAUCAAAAUAAUCCAAUUCAUACCCAUGUUAGUCAUUUUUUCUCAUCUGUAACUUUAUUGUCAGUUUUAUUUUUCACUGUAUUUACACAGAUAGCACGAACCACAUAAUCUAAAUGCUUUUGGAUACAUAUUUCAGUUGACUGAAAAGCUUUUUCAAUUUCGGCACUUGUCUUAAAGUCCUUCAUCCUUGAAGGUUAUCUGUUGCCCAUUGUAUUGCAUUGGAAUGUAUUUUUGUCUCUUCCUUGUCACCAUAUAAGAAGCUAUCCUUUAGCACUACUGUUGUGACAUGGGGGUGCUUCAGAUGGUUUAAUGUACGUGCACUUAAGCGUUUUGUGUGUAAUAUUGUUUUUUUGAAAUGUAUCAAUGCCGUUGGCAGCGUUUGUUUUGUUUUGUCUAUCUGGUAUUUAUCCUGAAGGAGAUUUCAUUUAUCCAAACUGGUGAUCAGUUUUACACUUUUAUUGUACAUUCUACUUUUUGAAAAUAAUGUCCAUGCUGAAGUAGGAGCAACAUACUGUACGUGCUGGCCCACUCUGUAUUGCUGUCUCUUGUCUAGGCACCAUCAGUGCAGCAGCACCUGAUGUUGUGGGUGGGGGUCGGGGGGGCGGGGGUUCUGCUGAGCAUCAGCAAAAUUGACGGAAAGGAAAGACAGCCUGGCAGUGUGGCGGCAGCACAAGGGGAAAGCAGAGUGGUCCGUCAGAAAACCACCCUCAAAACAAUCUGUACCAGAAUUCCUUCUGUCAGCAAAUCCUCUGGAGAGAGAGUCCCUUUAGACAGAAAAACCUACUAAUGCACUUCAGAGCACACAUCAACAGCACAGGCAUUCUCUCUCCACAGCCAACGAACAAACGACUUGAAACACACCGGUCAAUGCUACGCUUGUUUGUUACGUUCUUUGUGUCUUGACCUUUUUCUACAUGGUGUUUAAAUCUAGCUCCUUUCGGGGGGGUGGGGAUCUUUCUUUAAAUGGAUGCUAGAAUUCUUCUUUAAAGCAUUUCUACCUCAUGGCUACAAAACACACGUGGUAUUUGAUUUACGUCUUUCCAAAUGUCAGACAUUUGUGAAAAAUGCAUUGGGGAAAAAAAGAAGGGGAGAGAAUAACACCAUGAAGUUUUGCGCAGUCUACCUCAGAUGACUGUACUUAAAACAUUUAGCUGAUGGUGCAACCGCAGGCUGCAGCAUAGCCUAGUGUGUGUGUGUGUGUGUGUGUGUGUGUGUGUGUGUCUCAGUCACUGUGUGUCAAGUUAUAGGCAACACACACACACACACACACACCUGAUAACUCUUACAUCAAAAACACACUCACAAGUGACUUGUGAGGGAGGACCAGUUGGGGUCGACCUAAAGGUGACCUGGAAAUGUAUAAUCCAAUACAUUUGCUUUAAUCUUUUGUGAACUUCUGUGGUUGUGCGCGUGUGAAUGUGUAUAUACGUGGGCACUCUCUUCUUUUUUUUAUUUAGUGUGUUGAAUUUUAUAAAUUGUUAGUAUAUAUAACACACUUGCACAACUUUAAACCAGAGUGUAACGUGUUUCUGUUGUACAUACCUAUACAUACAAUACAAAUGCACCACUUGUUUAUAUGUGUGAAUAUGUUGCCAUACUUGCAGUCAACUUAAAUGUAUUUUCAUGUAAUCUUACAAUCUUAGGUACAAGCAGCAACAAACGAUUCAUUAAAGACAUUUUCUUGGGAGAUUA